AUUGAUAUGGGUAAUCUGACCACAAUCAAAGAAUUUCUCCUUCUGGGAUUUGGAAGUCUCCAUGGGUUACAGUUUUUCCUUUUUGGAGCAUUUCUUGGAAUCUAUGUAGUGACUUUACUGGGGAACAUUGUCAUCCUUACAGUUAUUUUCAAUAACCCCACGCUCCAAACCCCCAUGUACUUCUUUCUGUCCAAUUUCUCCUUCCUUGAGAUCUGGUACACAACCUCCAUUGCUCCUAAGAUGCUGCAGACCCUUCUCAAAGGUCCAGAGGCAAUAUCUUUUGCAGGUUGUGUGGCUCAGUUUUAUUUCUUUGGUUCCAUGGCAGUAGUUGAGUGCUUUCUCCUGGCAUCUAUGUCUUAUGACCGCUACCUUGCUAUCUGCAGUCCCCUCCGGUACCCAUCCCUCAUGAAUCUCUCCACCUGUGUACUCCUUGCAGGUGGAUCUUGGGUGGGUGGGUUCUUAACUCCUGUGGUUACUGUCACCAUGACUUUUCAGUUGCCAUUCUGUGCAUCCAAUGAGAUUGAUCACUUCUUCUGUGACCUAGCACCUCUGCUAAAGCUGGCUUGUUCCAAUCCUGAGAUAGUGGAAAAAACUACUUUCCUUAUGGCCUCUUUUGUCACCAUGGUACCCUUCCUGCUUACCAUAGCAUCCUAUAUCCGCAUUGUGGUUGCUGUUCUCAGGAUCCCAUCAGUUGAAGGAAAGCAACGAGCCUUCUCAACAUGCUCCUCCCACCUCAUUGUAGUUACUCUCUACUAUGGAACUCUAGGAACAGUGUAUGCUGUUCCUACAGCAACUCAGGCUGCUGUCCUAAACAAGAUCUUCUCACUGCUCUACACCGUGGUCACCCCCAUGAUCAACCCCAUUGUGUACAGCUUGAGAAACAAAGAUGUUAAAAAGGCAGUGUGGAAACUCCUGAAUCAGUGGGCAUAUGCCAAGGAGACAUAA